AUGUUAUUCCACACAUGUUUAUACAACAAAUUUCUAUACAUAUAUACGUGCAUUGUGAAGUGUAAUUUUCUAAAAGAAAAAAAGAAAACGAAAAGUGGAGAAAAAAAUGUCUGAUACUGCUGCUGUUGAAACUAGCGUAUCUCCGGUUGUCGCCGCUGCCGCCGCUACUAUUACAUCGCCGUCGGAAAAAAAGAUAAAAAAAAGUUCUGCUGCCGUUAAAAAAGCUAAAAAAUCAUCGACCGCACCCUCUCAUCCACCAACGCAACAAAUGGUUGAUGCUGCCAUUAAAAAUUUAAAAGAACGUGGUGGCUCAUCUCUAUUGGCUAUUAAAAAAUACAUUAACGGAACUUAUAAAUGCGAUUCACAGAAAUUGGCUCCUUUCAUUAAGAAAUAUUUAAAAAGUUCAGUUGCAAGUGGAAAAUUAAUUCAAACAAAAGGUAAAGGUGCAUCCGGCUCAUUUAAAUUAUCCGCUGCAGCAACUAAAGAUCCUAAAGGAAAAGCGAGUGGUAGUGGUAGUGAAAAGAAAGCUAAAGAAAAGAUUGUUUCAGCUGUUGAUAAAAAGAAAAAGAAAUCCGUAACUGCUACAAAAAAGGGUGCUAGUGCAGUAAGUGAGAAAAAAAGUAGUGCUUCCAUGGCUCCUAGUAAGAAAGUGACAGCUGCUGCUGCUGCUGCUACGAAGAAGACUUCCGAAAAGAAGAAAUCCGAAAAAGCGAAUGUGAAAAAUAUCAAAAAGGUAGGCACAGUGAAAGCCAAACCGACCAAAGCUGCUAUUAAAGCGACCGCAACCAAACCGAAGGCACCAAAAGCGAAAACAGCGACAAUUGUAAAACCUAAAAAAGCAACUACAACUGUUGCUGCUAAAAAAACAACUAUGAAGAAAAUUGCCGUCGGCAAAAAGUAAAUUUCUAUUUCCAUAUAUUUAGAAAUGAAACAAAAGCCCUUUU